AUGAAUGCGGGAUUACAGCCCCGCUACUCGAAAGAGUUAGAAUGGAUCAGCACGGGAACUGAUGAUGUCAUGGUGUUCUACCCAACUUUGGAGGAGAUGAGGGAUUUCUCUGCUUAUGUGAGAAGUUGCGAGGAGAAAGGAGCACAUCUCAAAUCGGGGAUUUGCAAAGUAAGUUUACGAUGUUUGGUUUUAUUCUGUUUUUUCAGAUUGUCCCACCCAAAGAAUGGUCUCCCAGACCGAAACGGGGAUUAAGUUACUCAGAAGUUGAUGAUUACAUUAUAAAAGCGUGGGUUUUAUUAAUUUUAAUUGAUUAUUAUAGUACGGUGAACGAAGAUUAUUAUAAAUACUUUAAUGUAACUAUUUCAGGCCAGUGAAAGAAACGAUUGCGAAUGCAUCUUAUGGAGGUGCUUAUAUAAAAGAAAACAAGAUUUACAGGAAGGAAAUGUCCGUGAAACAGUUCAGACAGCUCGCUUUAUCCCAACAUUAUGUGAAUCCGCGGCAAGAUCUCGAAUUGAGGGACAUUGAAAGGUGAUAUUUAUUCUGAAUCUGUUAUUUUGGCUGUUUUCAGACAAUUUUGGAGGACGCUAUGUGUCGGCGAACCCAUUUAUGGCGCAGAUACCCCCGGUUCUUUAUACGAUAAGGAGGUGGAGGAGUUCAAAAUAACAGAAUUAAAGACGAUUCUUGAUCUCCUCGACGAUUGUAAGAUGAAGAUCCCAGGAGUGAACACGCCUUAUCUGUACUUUGGAAUGUAUAAAGCCACAUUUAGUUGGCACACCGAGGACAUGGACCUUUAUUCCAUCAACUAUCUUCAUUUCGGAGAACCUAAAGUAAGAUGAAACAUUUGUGAACUAAAAAUGCUUUAGUUCUGGUAUGCAAUUCCUCAGUCUGAUGCUGAUAAAUUUGAACGAUUGAGUAACCAAAAGUUCCCCGAAGAUGCUCAACGAUGCAAAGCCUAUCUUCGCCACAAGACUCACAUUAUUAAUCCAAAAGAAUUCAAACAGCAUGGAAUAAAAUACGGCACCAUGGUUCAAUAUCCGGGCGAAUUUAUCAUUACUUUCCCUCGGGUAAGUUGUGGUAUUCUUGAUUCGGAUAUUAAACUUUUAAAAAUCUUUAGGGGUAUCACAUGGGAUUUAACCUCGGAUAUAAUUGUGCCGAAUCCACAAACUUUGCUCUGGAGCGAUGGAUCGAUGUGGCCAAAGCAACAACGGUCUGCAGAUGUGUGAAGGGAUCCGUGGAGAUUGAUAUGGCCCCAUUUAUGAAGAGAUUCCGGCCCGAUGAGUUCGAGGAAUGGUACGAUUAUUGGUACCGCCCGAGAGUUGUAAUGGUCAAGAAGAAUCAGAAAUCCGCAUCCAGUGUGGAUCCCUUCUUCGUCCCAAGUGUGGAUCUUCCCUCAAUAAAAGAAGAUCGGAUAUCAGAAUAUAAGACCGGAUUGGAUGACAAGAGGAGGAUCAUGCAUUUCCUUUGGCAACAUCAACAAGACUUCAAAGAAGAGGUCCAUUUUAAUACAAAGCAAGGAGAGAGGUACCCGUAUUGCUCGGUUUGUCAACAUUUUACUCCAUCUGUCGGGGAAUACACACCGCGUCCUCAAAGGUAAAACUUGUUUCUUUAACAGUACUGUCAUAAUAAUAUGUAUAAAUUAUUGAUUUUAGGUCCGAAAGGUAUACAACAGAUCAGUUGUAUUCCAAGAGCUGUAUUCCUUGUGAAACGAUGGUCCCGUUGAAUGAAAGUCGUUUAAUUCAAUGCAAAAGAUGUCAUGUUGUCGUUCAUGAAGACUGCUAUUCGGUGGACAAGUACUUCUUCGACGAUCAGAAUCCCCAUUGUUCGUCGGAUCAUUCGGAUUCUGAAGCCACUCCGUCCAAAAGACGUCGCAGCGACAAGGCUGGAUGGUUGUGCAAGAGAUGUGACUUUGCUCGAGAACAACUCGUCUGUGCUUCCGUGAAUUGCGCCAUGUGUUCAUUGAGAGGAGGAGCCUUGAUUCCAUUUGUAAAUGGACAACCAGGUCUUUUCGUACAUGUUAUUUGUGCAGUAAUGAGUAGAAGGUCGAAGAUUGUCAGGGAUGAAGCAAAAGGAGAAAUGUACGCGAUCAGCUCGUUAAUGGAGGGUGCCGAGACUGAUCUCAACAAACUGAGGUAGGCAAUAUGGCUAGAAAUAAUGCCCUGAUCUUUUAGAGAGAUUUCCUCCAUCUCUCAAGAUUACAUGUCCUAUGAACCGGACCUCUUCCUCAACCUCAAUGUGGAUUGCAAUUACCAAUGCGACUUCUGUAGCCAGCCACUCAAGUCCUCCUUUGUGAAAUGCCAGCCUUGUCUGGAUUCGGGAGCUCAUUGUGUCACCUUCCAUCCGUAUUGUGCUCAAUUCGCGGAUCUCCAUUUCGAACACCGGCAUUAUCCAUAUCUGGCAUUGGCUGUUUGUCCGCUUCAUUCCUCUGAGAAUAGUAAGUGCAAUUAAUGCUUACAUUAUAUGCCAGAAGAAGAAGACAAGUACCCGAUCAAUGUGGGAGACACAGCGGUCUUCUUCAGCAAUCUGGAGUGUGAUCGAGUGAUUGUGGACGAAGUCAGCGAGACUUUCUUCUAUUUUGUUGAGUUCCUGGACUGCUCCUUCAGUGCUGAUGUUUCUCUUCAUGAUCUGGUCGACUGUCAGUGCAGACAUGUGGGGUGCAAUGGGGAUCACAUUAGCGGAUACUUGGUCAGUCCUUGACUUUUGCUACUUGGGACAUAAAGUCCGCAGAAUUUUUUCGCCGGUGUCGCACGUGAAAUUUGGAAUCGCCUCGCGAAAAACUGCGUGUUGCGUGGACACGCCAAUUUGAGUUUUGAGAAAAUUUCGAUUUAAUUUUUAUGCCCCGAGGGAUCAUUGUUUCUAAGCUUCUUUGCUGUUGUAUGGUUCCAGUGCUUGGAAACAUCAUAGGAAAUCUCAAAAGAACAUUUUACGACAAAGCUGCGGGUUUAGCCAGAACGGUAAAGAGGAUAUUACAGUAACCUAGGAUGAUGAAAAUUUUGACGUCAAAGUCGACGGCAUGCGUGGGUAAAAACGGGGAAUCGCGUCGGUGAAGGCGAAAAAAUGAGGAAAAAGCGCAGUGCAAAUUAUACGGACUUUAUGUCUCGAGUAUGGAUCGAUGUUAUAUUACUUCUUAAAUUUUACUACUUCAAUUUAGAUCACCGUGCGAUGGGAGAAUGAGCAGACUUUCCAAGGUUAUUUCCGUGAGAAAAUCCCCGGUUCCGCAUUCACCGUUCGGUCCUUGACUUCAGGGAAAAUGCGAACAUGUUCCCGAAACGCCCUUUACCGACUCGAUGAGGCCAAGCCCGAGGAAGUCGAGGAACGGCUAGCCAAAAUACCUUUGACCAUCUGA